UUCUCCAAGUCGUCGUCAAGUCUUCUCCAAUGAGCAAUCGGAACGGAAGAGUGGCAGUCACACCGUUUCAGGAAGCCAUGGAAUCUCCGGCCCAACGGAUUUGGUGGGAGCAUCUCAGAACUUACGACCGUUCGUUUCCCUUGAGAGAUUAUUCACCUGAAACCAGAGCUUCUUUAUUUUCCUCUGAUUUGCAAACCCUAGAACAAGAGUUUGGAAGAUUUGAUGUCUCCGAAGAAAAUAAUUGUGUUAAUGGGUAUGAUGCUCGUAGGUCAUAUAACUAUGAUUUUCAUGAACGUAGUCGUAGUGCUAGUGUCAUGGGUUCUUCAUAUCCUCCCUUCAACGGAAAUUUAGUAGACGUUCCUUUUUUUCCAAGUAAUCCUUUCUUUGACCAAAGCCCUUGGAGUGAUGCAUAUGGUUAUAUGUCUGGAACCCGCAAUACUCUAUUAUCGCGUGCUAAAGACCGUAUAGAGUCUCACCUGUUGCAAGAUGUGAUUGCCAAGGGUUCAAAGGAGACAAUUGAUAAGAUAUUUGACAAUUUGAUCUCACAUAUUUGUGAAUUGAUGCUUGAUCCUUAUGGCCAUCGCGUCUUUCAAAAGCUUAUGGAGAAAUGCACCGAUGAACAGAUCACUCGGGUUUUGGAUAUAGUCCUUCAGCAACCUCUUCAAUUUGUUAGGCUUUGUCUCCAUUCACACGGAACCCGUGCAAUACAAGAUUUGAUGCGAAGUCUUUGUUCUGUAGAGCAAAUAGCUCGGUUCAUGGCAACACUAUGCCAUGUUGCACUUCUAUUGACCAAAGACGCUAAUGCUAAUCUUGUGAUUUUGUUCUGCUUCAAUCACUUUUCUCCUUCACAUAGCAGAUAUCUUCUUGAAGUGAUUGUUCAAAAUUGUUAUCAAGUUGCAAUUGAUCAACAUGGAUAUUGUAUGCUUAACCAAUGCAUUAGACAAUCCUCUCGAGAGCUAAGAGACCCUUUGAUUAAGGAGAUAAUCAGUAAUGUUGUGAGAUUAUGCAAGAAUUGCUACGGAAACUACGUGGUGCAAUAUUUGUUGGAUUUGGAAGAUUGUGAGGUUACAAGUGCUCUCUCGAAACAUCUUGAUGGAAAUUACGUAACACUCUCUUAUGACAAGUAUGGGAGUCAUGUGGUGCAGAAGUGUUUGGAAAAUAGAGAAUUUUGCUCCAAGAGGAUCAUAGCCGAGUUGCUAAGUGACAUUGAUUCACUUCUUGUAGAUCCGUUUGGAAAUUAUGUGAUUCAGACAGCGUGGAUUGUAUCCGAGGUAAGAGGUUAAUAUGAUGAAUUGGAGUCGUUUUAUGUUGAUUUUUAUCAACUUAUCUUGUUUUUGGUGGUUUGUAGGAUCAUGUGCGAAAUGUAUUGUUGUACCAUAUAAACAGAAAUGUUUCAU